AAGAGGAAAGGAGAAACAACAACAACAAUGGAGGAAUAGUGUUGUGUCAUUAUUGUAUUUUCCUCGCUGUUACGCCGCAUGAAGGUCACCAAUCGAGGCCCGGACGGUGUGACGGGCGUGUGAAAUCUGUGGCUGCGUAUUAUGAGGCUUACUCCGAGGAGGUGAGGAGAGAUAAGGUUAUAUGAUGCAAUGUCCGGCACACACACACACACACUCCUGGAGGCGGGUCAAGGCAGUGCUGUUAAUGGGACAUCCUGAUCAAGCAGCAUGUGGAGUUUUGAAGGAGAUUACCGGCGGAAGCCUCAGCAGCGGCUGGGCGGGGCAAGCAAGAGCCGCAACAUUGAGCGCCUGGACCUCCUCAACCAGCUCAAGUCAGACAGAGAGGAACGAGAGAGACAGAGACGGAGGGAGGCGGCAGCAGUAACCCUGCAGUCCUGGGCCCGAGGCGUCCUGAGCCAGCAGCACACCAAGCGUGACCUGCGCCACCAGUGUGACUCCCACCUGGCCCUCACCAAGGCACAGGGCAUUUCUGAAGCCUCGGCUGUCAGAUUGAUCGCUCUGCUCAUCAGAAUAUUUCAUCCACACAAAGACAGUGACAGAAUUCUCACCACCUGCCAGUUGGUGAUCCGGGAGCAGAGGCAGCUGGCUGAGUGGGUGUGUGGCUCCUUUGAGCGCUGGGCCUACCUGCUGCCCCGCCUGGUCAGCAUGGCUCUGCAGGUCAUCACUCAGCCUGUUCAAGAAGGUGGUAGUGCUGUGUCCCACGCUGCACCCCUGCGCCUCCUGGAGAUUGUGCUGGUGCCGGAGUCCUGGCCCACCAAGCUCCCCCCUCCCCAGCAGCGCCUCUUCCUCGCCUCUUUGUACUCACACCUUAUCAGCAAAGGCUAUUACCGCCAGGUUGUUGAGCUGCUAACAACACGUGUCCCCGAGGUGUACGAACCUUCUCAAGAGCCCCCAACGCCCCUCGCUGAUGCCCUGCUCCACCUCCUCAUGAAGCCACUCACCUUCUCCGUCACCUUGACAGACCCAACACUCCUGUGUCACGUUCUAUCAGAAAUGUGUCAACAAGUGUUGGGAGGAGCAGUUCACAGCCAGAUCUCUAACUACAUCAUCCCCUGCUUGGCAUCCAGUGAGGCCCACAAGUUGCCCAUGGACAGGGUGGUGGCUGUGCUGGCCACUCACCCCAUCAAGACCAUGGACACCUGUCCACCCCCGGCUCUCCUCUACUCCCUCCUCAUGCUGGUGCGCCAGGGGGCUGACUUCAAGGACAUCACUUCUCUGUGCAAUUACUUACAAGUCAUCGGGGAGCUGCUGGGCGGCACCACCUCCUACCUCACCUGCCAGGACGCCGACGUGGACUCUGACGACGAAGAGGAGGAUGCAAUGGACUCCUCAAAGCCGCUCAAUCCAGUGUUGUGCAAGCUGGCCGAGGAGUGUGUGUCUGUGGUGAACAGCACGGAGCACGUUGGGUGGCUGCUGAGCCAGGUGGAGCGCUACGUGUCCCCGGAGGUGCUGCUGCACUUCUCACGCCUGACACACCACCUCCUCACCGCUCCCUCCCUGCAACUCCACCAGUGCAGGCUGCUGUACAGUGUGGUGGUGCGCCGCCAGCUGCUGCGCUCCAUGUGGGUGGUGCUCUCCAGCCUGCAGCAGGGUGCCCCUCUCCCCGGCAGUGCUGUCAAUGCCAAUGCAUCAUUUGGUGUGCGAGGAGGCACCCCACUGCUGCAAGUCAUGGCCCGAGGGUCGCCUCUGGCCCCUUAUGAGCGGGACACUCUAGUGCCUCUCCUGGCCACUUUCUGUGCCACCCUCACCGCUGUGCUCUCCACACUCCAUGACUCAGAGUUCCUGGGACAGCAAGAUGACUCUCAGGAGGUGUAUUCAUACAGGCCCACACAAAGCCAGUUCCCAUUUUCUGUGGAUGAGUUGGUGAAGAUGUCGGCCAGCCUGCGCGAUGUGUGUGUGGGUCUGGUGGAGCUGGCACACCCGGACACCCGCAUGUCAGCCGUCACAGACACUUCCUACACCUCCAUGUGGGCACACUGCUUCAAGGUUUGUGUUGGGGUGGUGCGGCAGAUACACCUACGGGACACAAGGAGAAUGUUCUGUCCCAGCGGUCACUGGCUGAGCUCUCGGGCCAGUCUGCCGCUGGGCAACAUCUGUCCGGCGGUGCCCUUUGUGCCGCGCACCAACAGGCGGCAGAGGAGGCUCUUCAUGCCUCAGAGGUUAUUAACAAGGAAUGAGCUGGAGACAGAGGGUCCCCCGCUGUCUGUCAUUGACGAGCGCCGCGCCACAAUACUGCAAGAGCUUCCUUUUGUCUUUCCCUUUGAGGCCCGGACACAGGUGUUCACCAAGCUGGUGGGGGACAGCAGGAGCAACAGCCAGAUGGGGGCAGAGAUCAAUGAACGGCCUGUCAUCAAUGUCUCCAUCAGAAGAACUCAUGUCUAUGAAGAUGCUUUUGAGAAACUUUCACCUAAUAAUGAACCCAACAUGCGGCUGCGAAUGAGAGUGCGCCUCAUGAACGCAGUGGGUCUCAACGAGGUGGGCAUUGACGGAGGGGGAAUUUUUAGGGAGUUUUUGUCAGAGCUACUCAAGACCGCCUUUGACCCAACCCGAGGCUUCUUCCUUCUCACCCUGGACAACACACUCUACCCCAACCCUGGAGCUCACCUUAUUGCCGAGAACUACCAAACCCACUACUACUUCAUCGGCAGGAUGUUGGGCAAGGCACUUUACGAGAGCCUGCUAGUGGAAGUACCCCUGGCCGGCUUCUUCCUGUCCAAGCUCCUGGGUAAGUCCACCUCAGCUGAGAUUCACCACUUGGACUCGCUGGACCCUGAGCUGUGUCGCAACCUUUUGUCCCUCAAGACCUACCAGGGGGAUGUUCAGGACCUGGGCCUUGACUUUACUGUCCUCAAUUCCAACCUGGGCCAGAACACUAUUGAAGAGCUGAUCCCGAAUGGCGCCAACAUCCCUGUAAACAAUGAAAACCGCAUUGAGUACAUUUACCGCAUGGCCGAUUACAAACUGAACAAGCAGAUAGCCAAGCAGAGUCAAGCCUUCAAAAAAGGAGUGAUAGAUGUUGUGCCCGCUGAGUGGCUGCAGAUGUUCGACUGGAGAGAGCUUCAGAUGCUGAUAUCUGGUGCCUUUGUUCCUAUUGACCUGGAAGACUUGAUGGACAACACAAGAUACGGGGGAAUUUACAGUACUGAGAAUGCAACGAUACAAGCCUUCUGGCAAGUCUUGAGGGAGUUCACUGAAACCCAGAAACGUCAACUUCUAAAAUUUGUCACAAGUUGUUCCAGGCCUCCACUCUUGGGAUUUAAGGAACUACAGCCAGCAUUCUGCAUCCAGCCAUCAGGAUCAGAGGACCGUCUUCCCACUGCUUCCACGUGUAUGAACCUCCUCAAGCUGCCGGAAUAUAAGAAUGAACAUACACUCAAGGAAAAACUUCUUUAUGCUAUUACAUCAGGUUCAGGCUUUGAGCUGUCCUAGAACAUGGCAAGGAUAGUUGGUAAAUGUUUUAAAUGUUCAUUAUAAUGCCAGCACAACUUUCCAAACUAAUGAUUAGCAAAGGUAAAAAAAAUUGUGAAAUAAGUCCUGUCUGCCUGGGAAAGUUUAGCAAAAGUAACACAUUAAGUUGCUUAUGUAAAGAUAGCUGCUACCAGGGUAAUGAAACGAGCAAGUUAUAUUGCUGUCAACUCACAACCAUCACAUGAAAUCUUCACAUACAAAGUACUACGGGCCUUCAAAGACACUUGUUUAUUUGACUUAGUGACAGUGUUUGUCUAUUUAGUUUGUCUUGGCUUUUGAUACAAGUGAUAACCUAAUACUUUAUACAACACACACACACACACACCUGAUUUAAUGCUCCUGCUACCUGAAAUUUCCAGUCUUGGUUGUUGCAAGUCCACCAGUGUGGCUGUUCAGUUAGUCUAAGGCUAAGCCAUCUCCUUCCUUCUCCCCGAGGCCCUAACCAGUGUAGGUAUGUGGAAAUCUGCCAUUUUGUUGAACAUCUCAUUGGAAGAUUAGGGAUGGAUAUUGUUGUGGUCACAAUGAUACUGAACUCCAUCUCUAUUCCUCCCAGAUUCCAGCAUCAAACAAGGAAAGUAAGGAGUCAUGUUUUACCCUUUGAUUUAAGCUCAUUCACCUCCCUUAUAUAGUUGUGUAUAAGGAAUCAGAGUUCUUGCUGUGCUUGGACUUGCUUAGUUUUCACUAACCUUGAUAUUUCAUCUUCCUACGUGGAAGCCAUAAAAACAUUAUAAAGUCACUCCACAUUCUUUCUCUCAUAGUGAGGACUAUUAUUUGUUUAUAUUAUAGUUUGAGAAAGUUGUUUUUAUAAACUUGCCAUUGCUAGAGGAGGAACUUCAUGCCUGUGCUGUCAUGGAGUAGUUUACUUAGCCUGCCAGAUUCCAACACAUCUGCCAUCCUCACCAACUUGGUUCAGAUAAAACACUUAUUUGCACUUUAAUAGAAAAAAAUUACUUUCUUAAUGCUGAACACCUCUUCAACCAAGUGACUCCUAAUCCUGUCUGCUGUUCAACACAUGUAUAUGCCGGCAUACACUUGUGAUGCACUGUAUACACGACAGACAUGGAUGCUGGCAUUGCCCUCCCUUGGAAUCGCUGCUGUAUUUCAAGUGCACUCAAAAAGUAUUGUUCUAGCUGGCUGCUUUGUGUUCUUGAAGGAAGUCAGUUUUUGUGCACUCAGUACAUGGUGUAGCUAAUCACUUGUCCAUAAUUGUCUUUACGUCUUCGUCAUUUAACGCACCAGUAACUUAUUUUCUUCAUAUCAUUGCCGUGCACUUGAAGUAUAAAUUGGAUUUAAAACUGAAAACGCAGCAAAUGAACAAUAGUUGUGUGUGUGCUUGCAUGCAUGUAUGGUCACACUGUUAACAAAUUGAAUCAUGUACCCUCUCAGGUAAUGGGUUGCUUGAUCCGGGCCUCUGAAAGACACUGGCCCGGGUCUAGAGUUGAUGACGUCACAAGGGUAGGUGGAUUUUUUGAUUUUGAGUGCACUGAAUGUUAAGAAUUUGCUGGACAUUAGCAAAAUAACAGAUGAUAUUUAUGAAAAUUGAGCUCACCAACACAUUCAUGAUACAUUGCUGCAUAUCAUUUAAAUACAAUAAGACUAUUUUUAUAUAAAGAUCAGUGAAGGAAAAUGAUAUAAUGUAUAAACAUUUUGUCUCGCUUGUUUUUCUUCAACUCACUCUUACUCCCAGAAUUUGCUCGCGAUGAAUUUUCAGUCACUUUCAAAACCAGCUCAGUUUUCCCAUUCUUUUCAUAUGUAACAUUUACUAGGAAGGAAAAAAGUAGUUGGUCAAAAUUGCUGAGAAAGUGAAGGGACUCAAAACUGGUUCCUAAUCCUUCCUUUAGGCUGUGGCAGCCGAGGCCUCGUCUCUCCUGCUGCGAGUGAUGCUCACCUGUCACAACGCGUUCACAGUAGUUUUACCUUCUUGGCAAUUCUGACCACCUACUUUUUUCCUCGUCAGUACUUGCUACAUACCAAAUGAAAGGGAAAGGUGUGCCAAUUUCAGAAGACUGAAAAUUCAAUGUAAGUAAGACUGUGUGAGUUACAGCGAGUUAAAGCAAACAAUGCGAGAGUGUAUUUAUACACAGAUUUUCUUUCUGUUAUCUUUGAUGUAAGUGUAGUCUUUCUGUAAUUGAUUUAUGCUCAUGAUAUGCAGCAAUAUAUCAUGAACACGAUGGUUGGCUCAAUUUUCAUAGAUAUCAUUUGGUAGUUUGCAAAUAUCGGAACGAAUUCCAUUGACGUAUCUGGAAAUAAUGCUUUUCAGCAAUUUAUGUUUGUAACCAAGAGAGAGAUGGGCAAGCAACAGAGGGCUAACUGUGUGCCUAAGCUCACUUUCAUUUACGGUGUUGAAAAUUAAAAAAUACCAGUUUUGUGAUGCAUCCAUAUGCUGACUGUGCUUGUUCUGGUUUUCAUGUAAUAAUUUUUCUAUUACUCAGUAAUUGAGCAUUACAAGCAAAUCACUUCUACAUGUGAUCCUUUCACUUCCAUGACAGAAUUCCAAGGUGGCUGCAACACAUAAGAUUAGAGUGCCAGGGGCAGCAGGCGUGAGAGCUGUGUCUUGUGUGUUAUUUUUGUUUUCUGGAGAAUUUAAUCUUUCACUUCCUCACAUACACUAUCAGACUGGCACACUCUUAAAAUGGUUAUAGGGUACCAGCAACCCCAAGAAAUUUUCAAAAUCACAAAUAAUGUUCUCCCAACUGUACCUGAAGUAGUGUGACCCUCCAAAUGCCCUAAAAUGCCUUCAUUUUAUCUGGCAAUGCCACAAAACAUCACAAGCAUCAAAAGUGUACAGAACUAAGUUUAAUAUAGUGCACGAGUCAUGUUCACGAGGUAUCCAGCGAAACCUUGAGCCGCUCACAAGGUCAGUGUGGUAUCACAUGAAUUUGAAAACACAAGGUUCCUUUUACCCCAAUUGGAAAUGAUAGCAAGGUCUGAGGUUAUGCAUUCUGCAGCCUCCAGGCUGGAGUCUUGUAAUUCCUGUUGAGAGGGUCUUCUGUUAAAAGAAGUUGAAUGAUGCAGAGUGGUGUCGUCAGAGUAUGAGUGGAUAGGACAGUUUGUUAUAGAAAGAAGAUCAUUGAUGAAUAACAGGAAGAGAGUGGGUGAUAGGACAGAGCCCUGUGGAACACCACUGUUGAUAGGUUUAGGGGAAGAUCAGUGAUCGUCUACCACAGCAGAGAUAGAACGGCCGGAAAGGAAACUGGAGAUAAAGGAACAGAGAGAAGGAUAGAAUCUGAAAGAGGGCAGUUUAGAAAUCAGAGUUGUGCCACUCUAGUGAAAGCUUUCGAUAUGUCUAGUGCAACUGAGAAAGUUUCACCGAAACAGCUAAGAGAGGAUGACCAAGAGUCAGUUAAGAGAGUAAGAAGAUCGCCAGUCGAAUGCCCCUUGCAGAACCCAUACUGGCGAUCUGAUAGAUUAGAAGUGGAAAGGUGCUUUUGAAUCUUCCAGUUAAGGAUUGAUUCAAAAGCUUUAGAUAAACAGGGAAUUAAAGCUAUAGGGCAGUAGUCUGAGGGAUUGGAACAGUCACCCUUCUUAGGCACAGGCUGUAUGAAGGCUUAUUCCAGCAGGAAGGAAAGGUAGAUGUUGACAGGCAGAGGCGAAAGAGUUUGACCAGGCAGGGUGUCAGCACAGAAGCACAGUUUUUAAGGGCAAUAGGAGGCACUCCAUUAGGUCCAUAAGCCUUCUGAGAGUUGAGGCCAGAGAGGGCAUAGAAAACAUUAAUAACAGGCAUAAAGGAGUCAGAGGGGGGAUGAGUAGGAGGAAUAUGCCCAGAAUUGUCCAGAGUGGAGUUUUUACAGAAAGUUUGAGAGAAGAGUUCAGCCUUAGAGAUUGAUGAGAUGGCGGUGCUGCUGUCAGGGUCAAGGAGAGGAGGGAAAGAUGAAGAUUGAUGAGACGGUGGUGCUGCCGUCAGGGUCAAGGAGAGGAGGGAAAGAUGAAGAAGUGAAAUUGGUUGCAUGCGUCUGCUCACAUAUUGACCCCAUAAAAUCUACUUGGCUUUCUUCAUGUAAAGUAAUUUGUGACAUUCAAGUCAUUAGUCUGUUUUGUGCAAUACUGGCAUAGUGUUUGUUUUGUGGCCAUUGAUUACUGCAUACCCAGAGCAGUCUUUGUAGACAUUAUACAUGUGACCUUAGUAAAUGAUCUUUAUUGUGAUGCCAACUAUGCUGCUUUUUUAUGCUGUGUUUUGUGUGUGAGGCUUGACUCUCUGCAGCAAGGGAAACUUUGAUAGAUUUUUGUGACAGCUCUUUAUCAGGAAGACACCCUCAAGCUGGUGUUGGGCUCCCUUAAGGCACAAUGCAUUAGUGGCAUGUUUCCUACGUCAGUCUCUACUUCAUUUGCAAGUUUUCAAAAUCACUGAGGCAUUUUUUAUGAAUGUCUUACUCCAUAGGCAUUAUGAAGUAUUUCCAAAACUAGACAGGGUUGGAGAAGCACACACUUGAGCAACAUUAAAAAAAUCAGGACAAAAAUAUUACAUUGGAUUACAUUGCCUUACACGAGAACACACACACACACACACACCGAUCGAGGCCUCUCUAGUAAUAUUCUAUCUCGGACAGGCAGAGGCAGGUUCCCACCAUGAACUUAUUGGGAAAGUGAAAAUGUUGGCGGGAGGAAGGUCAGAUCCCUGUGCCGACCCUUGUAUUGCAGGAGCACACUUGGCUGUAUAUAAUCAAUGAAAGUGCUUCACACUAUGAUACAUUAAUGGUAUUUGAAGAUUUCUGUUUCUCAACUGCAGUUUGUAUGUUAAAGGUUAUAUAAAAAUGUAACGGCUAGGGCUUUCCUAUGUACGAUAUGUGAUGCAAAGUAUCAGCUAUGUACAUGAUUAGGCAGGAUUAUAUUAUAAUGUCAGCUGGGGUUAUGAUUAACAUAGCAAUAAUCACCAUUAGUUGAAACCCUGUUCAUUCUUUUUAGUCUCCAUGAAGCGUUGUACGAGAAGAAGCAGAGGACAGUGAUGCUGCACGCAUGUUAUUUGACAGAGUGAUGGACUCGUCAAAGCCUCAGCUGUAUAUUUUUUUGUAAUUUAAAUUUUUUUGUAAUAUUUAUUUGCAUGUUAAUAUUUGUGGAAAGGAAAGAAGACAUGCAAGGAUAACAACAUUGUAAGAUAAUAAAUAUAAUGCUACAA